AGCGCCGAGCCCUUUGCCUGCUGGGGCUGCCCCGCGAGCACGACUCGCCCAAGAAAUAGCUGCAGGCAGCCCUCACGCCGUCGAGCCGAGGAAACAACCAUGGUCGCCGUGCGCCUCGACGACGGGAAUGGGCUCGGCGUCAUGAGCUGGGGCCAGCGGCCCGGGAACGGCCCGCCCGCGCGGACGGCCGUCUGGGAGGAUACGAGCAACCUCACGCCGGGCUCGCCCCAGCCUCGCGAGGGCUCGCUCUUUACGAAUCCGGAAGACGUCAAUCAAUCAACGCAGAUGGCGCCGAACGCGCCGCGGGCCGUCACAAUCUACCCCUUCGGGGCGGCCGUGCCGCUCAACGGCCGCCAGAAGGUCGACCGGUGGCACAACUCCCUGCCGCUGCCCCUCGUGAAACGCGAGCCGCCGGCCUGGGCCGCCGCGUCGAACUCGCUGUCGUCGUUUCGCCGGCCGGCGUCGUGGGACGAGGCCCUCGCGGUCGGGCCGGCGCGGCCUUCAAUUCAAACGUUUCCGGCGCCCCUCGUGCCGCCCCAGUACAAGCUCGAGGAGGAACGAUUACAAAGAGAAGCGGAGUGGGACCGGCGCCGCGUCGCCGGCGCGCGGCUCGGCAACACGCGAGCGGCCGUGGACCACGCGCCGCCCGCACUCAUUGGCCUGCGCCAGGAGACGGUGCCGGCGUUUGCGUCGACCCUGCCCCGGGACCCGAGCCGCUCUGAAAUGGGCGGCGAGGUCGUGCCGGCGCCGGGCCAGCUCCCGGAGUCCGGUUUGUUUAUCGUGAAGAAGCCCGCGCACACGAGACCGACGACGUGCUACCUGGUCGGGGGCGGCACGGGCCGCGUCGAUCGCGGCGUCCUGACGGCCACGUCGUAUCCCAUGGAGGACGUCGAGGCGUCGCGGCGGUGCGCCGAGCGCCGGGCUUACGAAGAGCGGCGCAAGGGCCCGAGUGGGAGGCAGCGGACUACCUACGCGCCGAAUUCGGCGGUGCCGCGGACUGCCUACGCCGCGCCGGCGGCGCCGGCGCUCGGCGGCAAGGAGCACCUCCGCGCGAACGCGGCGGCGGCGCCCGCGGCGAUCCCGUCGCUGCGCCAGUUCCCCGAGGGCGGGCGCGUCCACCCGCCGCCGAUCGAAAAAGGCCACCUGGAAUACGUGCAGCCCACGCUCGUCGAGGCGUUAAGGGGAGGCGCGUCGCCGAAGCCGCCGUGGGUCGAGAUGCGCGAGGCGCGGUCGACGACCUGCGCCGACAAGACCUUCGAGACGCACGUGGGACCCUUCCGGCAGCCGGCGUCGAUCCACUCCCCGUUCCCGGUGCGCGGGCGGAGGCCCCAGCUGCGGGCGGCGGCGUGGCCCGCGACGGCGGGGGCGCUCGAAUUGCGGCGGACCCUCCGCCAGUCCCACGCGCUCGCGCGCGACUGCAUGUACGUCAACGCGGACAAGAUGAACGGCUUCGGCGCGUCGGACACGUCCUACGGCCAGGUGUUCGAGAUCGCGGCCCCGGACCUCCGGAGGGGCGGCUUCAGGGGGCCACGGAGGUAAUCGCUUUUUUUCUA